CGGACAUCCUCCUGAGACGUCUGCUGCUCCACGCAUUCCUCCGUCAUCUCAGCCUGGACGUCCCGCUUCCUGCCGCCGAGACGUAAGAUCAUUUGUUUUUAGAGAAACUGAGAGGUUUCCCAGCAUCUCUCGGCUCCCAGCAGGUUUAUAAAAACCAGGUGAUCAACUCAUGGCCAGCAGCUUCAGACAGGAGCCUAAGAUGCCGAAGUUCAUCACCCACAUCGAUAUUUCUCUGAACGGUGAUGAGGAGCUUUGGUUUAGUAAUAAUGGCUACACCAAACUUCCUCUUGAUCUGAACAAAGAGGCAGGAGGAAACGACGUCUUUCUCUGGUACAAAACCGGUGACUACAGAGCCAUCACCAGGAUCCAGUUUUCCUUCAAUGACUGGAUGAAGAAAGGUCUGAUGAAUGAAGGGUACCACCUGGUCAAUAAAGAUCUCCACAACGGAGCCGGGGGCAGCAACGUCUCCCUGUGGUUCUUCAAAGGUUAUACUGAGUGUGACGUCCCGAUCGUGGAGCUGGACCUGUCCACUAACGAAGCAGAUGAUACCAAAAAGGUCCAGCCUCAGUGGGAGAGGUCAGCCUGCGAUCUGAACCGGGGAGCUGGAGGAGAUUGGAUCCACCUGUGGAUGAAGCGACAGCAUCAAACCUACAUCUGCGACAUCCAGGCCAGUGAUGGCGACAUAUCCAACCACGAAUUGCUCCGUCAAGGUUACACCCGCAUAGAUGAAGACAUCAACAGAGAUUCGGGUGGGCCUGACAUCUUCAUCUUCUACCAGCAAACCACUGAUGAGAAGAAGGCCAUCACAGAUCUGAAGAUCUCCACUGAUACGAAGGAGAGUCGUUUGGUGAAAGCCGGAUAUCAGAAAGUGAAAACAAACCUGAAUGAUGGAACCAGAGGAACCCCGCUGUACCUGUGGUACAAGAAAGAUGAAACCAACAAACCUCCCAUCACGUUCAUCACUGUGGUAAACAUGAUGGCAAAGGAAGAGUAUGUCAAAGCCGGCUUCAAUGUCAUCGAUACGGAUCUCAACCUGAAGAAUUCAGGUCACAAAAUGUUUCUGUGUUUUAAGUAAAGUUUGAUCAUUUCUGAGCAUGCUCAGUGAGAGCCAAUACUGAUCACAUCUUCUAUCUGGAAUCUGUGGAAAGAGUUUUCUCUCAAACAUUUUCUCUGAAUCUGAUCACUGAUCAAUAAAGU